AUACCGUUCGGAACAAUUGUCUUUUCUUGAUGAGCCAACUCACAUUGUUCACUUACUCUCCAUCUAACAACUGCAUGAGAGUCGAAAUAGUCCUCAAGGAGAAAAAACUGCCGUAUGAGAGGAAAGAAGUCGACAUCUUCAAGGGGGAACAGAAAACUCCCCAGCUCUUGGCCAUGAACCCACGAGGCACAGUACCUUGCUUAACGCAUGGCUCUCUCGUGCUACGUGAUAGCAUGGCGGCUCUACAGUAUCUGGACAUGGCCUUUCCCGAUCAAGUUCCGUUGACGCCUCACUCACCAGCUGAGAUGGCUGCGUGCAUUCAAUAUAUUCAUGAGUUCGAGCAAAGUUUUAAUCCCAAGAAUGUCGCUUACCAAGUCUUCUUCCAAGGGCAGAAGAAAGAGCAACUUGGAGCCGAAAUUGAGGCUCUUAGCAAGGAAGUUGCUAUCUGGGACGGCUAUCUCGAGGGGAAGGAAUACCUUGUUGGUAACUUCACAUUGGCUGACAUCGCGGUCUUCCCUCUUGUUGCCCAGUUACAUCUGUGGCUCGGGCUCAAUUUGGAUAAGUAUCCCAACAUGAAAAAAUGGUACUUCAAAAUGAAGGAGCGUCACUCCGUGAAAGAUCACCCCUAUUUCGAAUGCGCCGAGAAGGUAGAUCAGAUCUUUGGAACCAUAGCCAAGGACAGAGCAGUUCUUAAGGACUGAUUUUUGGUUGA